ACACCUGCGUGUGGGCUCUGCCCGCAGCAGUUCUUGCCCGUGGCCAUGCCUGAGGCCCUCAACCAGGCGGCAGGAGCAGGCCUGGCUUGGGGGCCCUCGAGCCACCCUACCCGCCAGACCUCCAGCUCCAGCCUCACUCCUCUGGCCUCGGAAAGGAGCCUACGGUGCCUCCCUCAGCCCGGCCUGAGGGUCCAGCCCCCGAGUGCUGCACCAAGAGCCCCAGGGCCGCUGCGGGGGCGUGUGGGUCUAGGACCGUCAGGCAGGCAGGUGGCCACACAUCCCUGCUGAGCCGGGACCUUCCUGCAUCCCCAGCGGAAGGGGCUGCCUGGGACAGGCCUCCAGGGGAGGGGUGGCCGUUGGUCCCGUCCCACACUCAAGGCCAGCGGCCGCAGGAAGGCCCCUUACCUCCACCCCCGACGCGUGGCCAGGGCGCACCUGGGGCCCAGCGCACAGUGCCACGCAGGAGCCCAGAGGAACCUGCGGUCCCAGGAGGGGGAGGUGCGGACGGGCCAGGUCCGGCCUCGGCUGUUCUGGGCACAGCCUCCGGUGCCAAAACAGGCAGGACCCGCUCGAGCCUGCACUGCCCCACAGGCGACCAGGUCCCUUCAGAACAAGUGUGCCCACUGUCCAGGCCCAGAGCCGUCGCUGCCCAGACAGCCCCGUGGGUCCCACAGGCCAUCUCUGCACAAGGCCGGGCCAGGUGGCAUUUCCGACCCAGGACCCCUCCUCUCAGAACUCUGCCUGCCCCGGGCUCUAGGGGGCAGGGUGGGGUUGGGCUCAGAGCUCCAGCCUUGGACGCCGCUGCCGCUUCCUGGGCCCCUGCCUGUGCGGAGCCGUGGUCAGCAGAGGGCUUCCCGCUCCGAGGCCCAGCGGCCCUGAGUCUCCCAACAGCAUCUGCUUGGCACUGGGCUGGGUGUGCCUUUGUCAUCCCAACCAGGAUGCAAACCUGCCGGACCGGCCUGGCGGGUGGCAGUGCCAGCCCGGGCACAGGCCACCUGCACACCUGCCCUGCGUCUGUUUGUGAAUGAGUGCGGUAUCACCCGGUGUCUCAGGUCGCAGCAUUACUCGGCAGGUGUAGAGGUGUCAGGAGCUGCCAGGAGGUCCCCAAGGGCAAGAGGGGGAGCGCCUGUGUCGGGUCAGGGAGGUCCCAAUGACCCGGGGCCAGCUGGAACCCAGCCAUACCUCCCCCAGCUGUGGGUCCGCUGUGGGCGGGCACUUCCUCCUGCUGCCUGGGUGUUGGCGGAGGGGCCAGUGUAGGCGGGUGGGGAGGAGGCCAUGGUUAACCCCGACCGUGCCAGCCUGCAGGCGAGUCCCCUGGGCAGUGCUCGCCUGGGCUGCAGGGGGCUGUGCAGGGACCAGACCCUCUGAGGGGCGGGCAGGCAGCCCCAAGUGGCAGCUCUGGCUUCAAUGACAUGUUUAAGCCAGAGCCCAGGACACUGCCCGCAGCCAUUUCUGAGCCGCCCACCUCUGGAGGAGGGUGGCCUGUGGGCAGUGCCUCCCACCUCCUCUGGGUGAUUGGGGGCCCACUGUGGGCCCUCCAAACCUGGGCAUCACUGGGGUAUGGGCCGGACCCUCCCCCAAACAGCCAGUGCGAGGGCAGUGGGCACAGGGCCACUCCCUGGCCAUCCUCAGCCCCUGCUCGUCCGGCCCUGGCAGGAGGGCGGUGACCGGUCGCCAGGCCCCACCCGAGCGGCCGCCGUCCUCCUCAGAGAAGCACCUGGGAGCCACUGUGUGAGCUGCUGUGAGCUGCCCGGUCCGGGGCACUGCACCCCGGGUCCAAGUGCAGGGCCCGCCCCUCCCCCUUUCCCAUGCAGGGCUCUGGCCCCUCCCCACCGCCCCUCUGACCUGACGGGGACCCUGAGGGUGACUCCCAGGCCCAUCCACCCUGCCUGCCCCACCCCCCACCCCCAAGGGCAAGUGAGGCUCAGGCUGAGGCCCUGCCCCCACCCUCCCUGCCUCACGGCCCUACUGUGAGGUCAGCGCCUGCCGCUGAGUUCCGUCCAGAGGUGUGUGGUCAGGCUGGAGGCCGGACAUGGCCUCCUGGCCGCAGCCUGACUUCUGCCUGCUUGGCAGCCCCCUGGGCCUGAUAUGCUGGUCCCUUCUGAUCCCGGCUGCAGCUGGAAACCACUGCGACUGUAGCCUGGGCCUCAGCCGGGAGGCCCUUAUUGCCCUGCUGGUGGUGCUGGUGGGCAUCAGUGCCAGCUGCUUCUUUGCCCUGGUCAUCGUGGUGGUCGGCGUCAUCCGAGCCAAGGGUGAGACAUGCACGGGAACCAUGGACAGCAGUUUGGUGCAGGAGGACCACCUGGACCUGCAGACGGUGCACGUGGAGUCCCACCACAUGGACGCCAACCUGGAGCUCUCCCCGGAGGACCAGGGCCUGGUCACCAUUCCCAUGGACCCCGCCCAGGCCCUGGAGGAGCCUCUCUGCCCACCGCUGCCUGAGUAGGCGGUGGCCGCAGGGGGAGGGAAAUGAAAUCGUAUUUACUGUU